AUGUACAACGCUCACCGCGGAAUGGUCCCCGCUCCCAACUCUCGCCUGACGGAGUUGCUGGAUCAACUGCGCCAGGAAUUCGAGAGCCAGUCACGAAACACCGGUGAAUAUGAACACCAGUUGACCGGCCAGCUCCAGGAGAUGGAGAUGAUUCGCCAGAAGGUCUAUCAGCUGGAGCAAACUCAGAUUAAGAUGAAGCAAGACCUCCAUCUCUUGGGCCACGGCCCGAGCAAUCUAUUCAGUGGUAUCAUGACCAACCCCGGAGGUAGUGGACCCGGUCUUGCCCCUCCCCCUUCCCAGGAUCAGCAGUCUGCCCAGCAGACCCUUCAACAGCCUGCCGCGACCGCCCUGCCUGGUGCGCCGCCGCCUCCGCAGAGCUCAUUUGGAGGAUAUCCGCCUGGCGCUGCUGUGAACGGCUAUGGGCCCCCGCCUCCCCCAACUGCCUCUCCUGGCCCUGGCAAAGCCCGUCGUCCGGUCCCCGGUCCUGCUACUCCCCAGCAGACGCACGCCGCCACAUACCCGGAUCCUCGCGCCUCGCCGCAGAUCCCUCGGCCCACCCCUCCUACCCAGUCGGUUGUCCGUACUGAGCGCGUUGGUAACAUGCUUGCCAACUGGAACCCGGACGACCUUCCCCCAUCCCAAAAGCGUGAGGGUGCGGAUUGGUAUGCCGUGUUCAACCCGGAGGUGCAGCGUGUACUGGAUGUUGAGCUGGUGCACCACCUGAACCACGAUAGCGUUGUCUGCUGUGUUCGUUUCAGUCGCGACGGCAAGUAUCUGGCCACUGGUUGCAACCGUUCUGCUCAAAUCUUCGACGUGACCACUGGCCAGAACGUGGCGACACUUCAAGAUGAGACUGUCGACAAGGACGGCGACCUGUACAUCCGCAGUGUCUGCUUCAGUCCUGACGGUAAGUACCUGGCUACAGGUGCUGAGGAUAAGCAGAUUCGGGUCUGGGAUAUUGCCGCGCGCACCAUCAAGAAUGUCUUCAGCGGUCACGAGCAGGAUAUCUACUCCCUCGACUUCGCCAACAACGGACGUUACAUCGCUUCGGGCAGUGGAGACAAGACUGUGCGUCUUUGGGAUAUUCUUGACGGCAAGCUCGUCUACACCCUCAGCAUUGAGGAUGGCGUCACCACGGUUGCGAUGUCGCCCGACGGCCACUACGUCGCUGCCGGUUCGCUGGACAAGAGUGUGCGUGUCUGGGAUACCACCACUGGCUACCUGGUGGAGCGCCUUGAGAACCCUGACGGCCACAAAGACAGCGUGUAUUCGGUUGCCUUUGCGCCCAAUGGUCGCGACCUAGUCUCCGGCAGUCUGGAUAAGACUAUCAAGCUCUGGGAGCUCACCGUCCCCCGAGGAAUGCACCCUCACAGCGGCGUGAAGGGCGGCAAGUGCGUUCGGACAUUCGAGGGCCACAAGGACUUUGUGCUUAGUGUUUGCCUGACGCCCGAUGGACAAUGGGUCAUGAGUGGUUCCAAGGACCGUGGAGUCCAGUUCUGGGAUCCGGUCACCGGCAAUGCUCAGAUGAUGCUGCAGGGCCACAAGAACUCCGUUAUCUCGGUGGCUCCCGCCCCAACCGGCAAUCUCUUUGCUACUGGCAGUGGAGACAUGCGUGCACGGAUCUGGAGAUAUUCGAACUACACUGGACGGUAA